AGCCUGGCCCAGAUCUAGUUUGUCACCGUUAUUUCUGAGGCGCAUGCGCGCUGCUACCUGUGCUUCCUGAAUAAAGGAAAGAAAGGACUAGCCUACCUGUGUUGCCUCUGACAAACCUCUGAAUUCACCGUGUUGUGUUGGGUGGCUGUGAAUCGGAAUAGUUCUCAGCGGUCUACCUGACAAACUCCGAGGAUAGAACGUCGCCUGAAGGUACGGGCACACCUGAACAAGCGAACUCACCUGCAGAGACGCUACCGGGGCUGUUUACGUGGAGUGUGGGCUUGGAGAAAAACAACGGAGAAAAAGAGAAAGAAAACGGGAUAGGUAGAAGACAGAAACUACACAGCUACAAAGUUUGUUGUUAAGGUGGAGAAGGAGGGAGGAGUACGCGAAGAAGGAGAGAGGGGAACAAUCCCCACGGUUUAUUUUUUUCCAGCGGGAAGUUUUUUUUUCUCACGAGUUUACCUAGAGUAUAUUGAUUAGACGAAGGCGACAGAUUAACCGUAAAAACCGACCAUGCCGCGAGCCUUCCUUGUAAAGAAGGCGAGAUACUCUCCCGGUAAGCGGAACUGGAGCGAGCUGCCAGACCACGAGCGCGGGUACGUCUAUAUCCCAGUGUCUGCAUUCCCCUUAUUGGAGGAGACUGAAGCCAGCCCAGCAGAGACCGCUCUCUGCCUCUCCACGACGACACGCUACGAGUUCACCAACCUGCGUGACGAGCACAGCGGGAUGACCCCGAGAGCGGAGCUGCCCUCGUGCACGUUGCUGGGUCGGGGGUUAGAGGUCAAGAGGAGGGCACAGAGCAGCACCUACGUCCGCUCCAAAAUCAAGGUGACUACAGGUGAGCUACCCAGUGAGAUUCCAAUACCUCCCCAGCCUGCCGUCCCCGAAAUCACCACCACACCUGUUGCCUUGACGACAUCCGCUACUGCCCCGGUCUCCACAGUAACGAAGUCAGGGACAGGUGCUCAGGCGUCGUUCGUGUGCCAGGUGUGUCAGAAGGUGUUCCAGUACCAGAGGAUGUUGAACCGACACCUGAAGUGUCACAGUGAUACUAAGAGACACCUGUGUAACCACUGUGGUAAAGGGUUCAACGACACCUUCGACCUGAAGAGACACGUCAGAACACACACAGGAGUGCGUCCCUACAAGUGCUCUCUGUGUGACAAGGCCUUCACCCAGCGCUGCUCUCUAGAGUCUCACAUGAAGAAGAUCCACGGUGUGACCCUGCAGUACGCCUAUAAGGAGAGACGCAACAAACUCUACGUCUGUGAGGAGUGUGGCCACACCGCCUCUUCCCAGGGUGCACUGCUCAAACACUACCACGCCCUCCACCCCAACUCCGCCUUCCUGAGGGCGAAGGGGGGAGAGGGGAGGGGGGUGAGGAGUCAAUGCCUGGGUCGCCGUAUUUUCGAACAGUCAAUAUAGUGAUGAUACUACAGGAUCA